AUGAGUACACCUAAAAGACGUAUUGAAAAAGAUGUCAUGGAAUUAAUGAUGAGUGAUCAUGAUGUUACAUUGAUCAAUGAUUCCAUACAACAAUUCUUUGUAAUAUUCCAUGGACCAAAUGAUACCCCUUAUGAAGGAGGUACUUGGAAAGUAAGAGUAGAACUACCUGAUCAAUAUCCAAUAAAAUCACCUUCAAUAGGUUUUACAAAUAAAAUUUAUCAUCCAAAUAUAGAUGAAGGUUCGGGAUCUGUUUGUUUAGAUGUCAUUAAUCAAACUUGGUCUCCAAUGUUUGGAUUAUUAAAUAUAUUUGAGAAUUUCUUACCUCAUUUAUUACGAUAUGCAAAUCCAAGUGAUCCAUUAAAUACCGAAGCUUCAACUUUAAUGACAAAAGAUGAGAAAAAGUAUAAUGAAACUGUCAAGAAAUAUGUUCAAGAAUAUGCCAAGCAUAUUUCAAUAGCUAAUGGUAAAGAUGAAAGUAAAAGUGAUGAAGAAGAAGAUGAUGAGCUUAGUGAUGUAGGUAGCUUAUCAAGUGAUGAUGAAUCUGAUGCAUAA